AUGAAUGAAGAACACGACAAGACCAACUCCGAGUCAUCCUACCGUCCUUCCAGUCCAGAUUUAUCAGGCUUCACUUUUGCAAAUGCCCCACUGCCCAGGCUAGCCCGAAUUCCGAGCUACCACGCACCAGACCCCAAUUUCCCUUCACCUGCGGGUUAUUCAUACACUCCUAGAGGGAGCUACGACGCCUCGCCCUUUUUCUCCCCUUCAACAGCCACACCUGCUUCCAUCACCCCUUCGACGUCGUACUUUGGCUCACGUCCUCCCGCACAAAGCGCUCAGGCCAACUUUUCUUCUCAAACUUUUCGCACUCCGAGCUUGCCAGGCCAGACUCCGACUCAAUAUUGUCCACCGAGUCAAUUUCAACCUUCGGGUCAGCCAUAUAGUAGUUCGCCACCAUCCCACCACUCUCAAGCUGGGUUUGGGCCUCGUCUGAGCAUAAACCAGGGUCAGCAGCCACAGUCGUCCGUUCCCAUCUUUCCUUACGGAGACAUGCCUCCUCGAACGCGGCAACAAAAAGCCGCCGAGGCACUGGAACAAGACUACAGCCUAAAUGCAGCAACGAGAAACGUCGUCCAACCCAAGCUAGAACAAGUCCAACCUGUGCAGCCGCUCAUGCCCAUUGCCACGGCAGAUCCUUCCUUCGGGAUCGAUGUGAAGACCAAGUUUCCGGUAGCCCGCAUCAAGCGCAUCAUGCAAGCAGACGAAGAUGUAGGCAAAGUUGCCCAAGCAACGCCCACAGCAGUUUCCAAAGCGCUGGAGCUUUUUAUGAUUACCUUAGUCUCCAAGGGCGCGGCCGAAGCAAGAGCAAAUAAUUCGAAACGAGUCACAGCACAGCAUCUCAAGGCCGCACUGAUGAAAGACGGCCAGUUUGACUUUUUGAACGAUAUCUGUCAGGCCAUUCCCGACGAAGGCUCGAAGAAAGGCAGGGCCAAGUCGGAGGCCAAGAGUGAAGACAGCGAAGAAGAUAUCAAGCCCAAAGGCAAGGGGAAGGGGGGCAAGAAGAGGAAAGUGGAGACUGACGAUGAAAGUGACUGA